AUGAGUUCAAUUUCAGCCGGUGAACUUCGCUGUACAUGUCCUCAUCCUCCGGCCGAAGGUUUUCAAUCACGUGGUCGCGCCAAUUUGCUCCUAUCAAAACCGGUGCCACAUCUCAGUCAAUCGACGUCUAUUCAUCCACAAAUACGCGACUAUCCGAUUGAACCGUGUCCUGCAUACUCCCAAAGCACUCACCAUUAUUCCCAGUAUUUCCCUGCUCAUAAUUUCCAUCGAUUCCGAUUCGGGUAUUCUGGACAGAUGCCAAGAUGCUGUCCUUCUGCCGCUCCAUCGUUGGUCUCACAACCAUGCUACAAUCCGCCACAAUUUCAUUAUGCUCAAGUAUGCCAUCCGAGCUACAGCAUCAGAGAUGAUGAGCAUCGGGUUCAACAAGCCGAGUACCUCAGCCUUGACCGCGCUUAUGCCUACCCGGUGUUGUUAGCGGACUGGGUUCUGCCGUCCGGUCAUCCCUACUAUUCAGUCGUCUUUCUGCGAACUCGAUCGGACGAUUCCCUCUGCUGCGAUUCGCUCAACAACCUCUGCGUAACGACAAUCGGUGGAAAGCGACGACGUGGUCAAGAUCCGGAAUCGGCUAACCGACAGUCAGCGAUGGGAACGGACGAAUGCAGCUCGGCGUGUCCAACAUGCUGUCAUUAUCGUUCCAUGCAUCCAUGUGGAUCCCAUGCCCCUUCUAAACUCCAACUGAACACCGAAUCGAUACGAAUUAGCGAGGCCUACCCAGAAGAGCGCUGCACGUCAUUUUCGGAGCCAUUGACGCUAGAAAACGAUGUCUAUGAAAGUGACAGCAAGGAAGAUUCAAAGCAGCCUCGUCGUAAGCCAUACACGGCCGAGCCAUCCUUCGUCAAACGAGAGCAGCAGCAGCAGCUCGCCUAUUAG